UUAGUUGAAUGGAAAUCUUGAAAGGGUGAGGGUAUCUCUUCUUCGACGGCCCCAUAAAAAUUGUGUUAUUUUGUAAGUUUUGUUUUUCUCUUCCGAGACGGACAGUGUAAUUUUAAAAUCUCAGUUUUUCCUCAGUUCAAAACACAAUCGAUAUUAAAAAAGUGCACGACUAAAUUUAAAAAAGAAAAACCCAACUUUACCGGAUGCAAAUGAUAUUUUCUGGUAACUACAAACGAGAAUCUAAUCCGUCAACAUGAAGUUCGCGGAACAUCUCUCUGCGCACAUAACACCCGAAUGGCGAAAGCAAUACAUAAACUAUGAAGAAAUGAAAGCAAUGCUGUAUAUGGCGGUGGAAGAAGCACCAGCCGCUGACAGCGUUGAAGAUGAUGUACUUAAAAGACAUUUUGUAAAUUUCGAUGAAAGCUUCUUUCAUUACUGUGAUAAAGAACUUAAAAAGAUCAAUACAUUCUAUUCGGAAAAAUUGGCCGAAGCGACGAGAAAAUUUGCCACUCUCAAAGCUGAGCUAAAAACAUGCAUGGAUGAUGCCGAACGAUUGGCAAAGAAAUCAAAAUCACUUAAAAAAGCUGGAAUGCCUCAUAGAAAAGCCCAAGAACUGAAACUGGCAUUCAGUGAAUUUUAUUUAAGUUUGAUUUUGUUACAAAACUACCAGAAUUUAAAUCACACUGGUUUUCGAAAAAUAUUGAAAAAACACGAUAAACUACUUCGUGUUGAUGCUGGAGCUAAAUGGCGCCAAGACUAUGUUGAGGCGUCGCACUUCUUUACCAACAAAGACAUUGACAAUAUAAUCAAUGACACAGAAACGCUGGUCACAAGUGAACUGGAGUCUGGCGACCGUCAGCGUGCCAUGAAACGUUUGCGGGUCCCACCAUUGGGCGAGCAGCAGAGUCCUUGGACCACAUUUAAAGUGGGAUUGUUUUCUGGUAGUUUUAUUGUCCUUGGAAUUGUGGUUUUCUUAUCAGUAAUUUUUCACGACAUCAGCGGAGAAAACUUAAAAGUAACGUUUAGACUGUAUCGAGCCCCAUUACUUAUUAUCGAAUUUAUUUUCCUAAUUGGAGUUAAUAUUUAUGGAUGGCGAUCGUCUGGUGUAAAUCAUGUACUUAUUUUCGAAUUGGAUCCUCGAAAUCAUCUCUCGGAGCAACAUUUGAUGGAACUGGCGGCAAUUUUUGGUGUCAUUUGGACCCUUAGCAUGUUGAGUUUUGUGUAUAGCUCUAGUUUGAGUAUACCUGCCUACGUGAAUCCUCUAACCCUGACUGUAAUAAUGUUGGUAUUUCUACUUAACCCAUUCCAUGUCCUACAUCAUGAUGCAAGAUUCUGGUUAUUGAGGAUUUCUGGCCGUAUGGUAGCAGCACCAUUUUUCCAUGUUGGCUUUGCUGAUUUCUGGCUGGGUGAUCAAUUGAACUCUCUUGUAACUGCUUUGCUUGAUUUUGAGUAUCUAGUUUGUUUCUAUAUAACCAAUGGUGAUUGGGCACAAGCAAAUAAUACAUCUAUCUGCCUGGAAAAGGACUUCAUUAUACGACCCAUAUUCAAUUGUCUGCCAGCUUGGUUUCGUUUUGCUCAGUGUUUGCGUCGUUAUCGAGAUUCCAAAGAAGCUUUUCCGCAUUUAGUGAAUGCUGGCAAAUAUUCAACUACAUUUUUAGUUGUGAUAUUUGCAACACUGCGCUCAUUCUAUGCAGUUAAUUAUUCGAAUACAUUCGAUAAUCCUUACACAUGGAUGUGGAUGAUUAGUUCAAUUGUUUCAUCACUCUAUUCAUACACUUGGGACAUCAAAAUGGAUUGGGGCUUGUUCGAUAAGAAUGCUGGAGAGAAUAAAUUUUUACGAGAAGAAAUUGUUUAUUCAUCAACGUACUUCUACUACUUCGCUAUUGUAGAAGAUUUAUUGUUGCGGUUUAGCUGGGCUCUAGCCUUGUACUUAACACAGAUGAAAUAUGUUCCUAGUGAAAUUAUGACUUCAAUAACAGCUAUUUUAGAAGUUUUUCGGCGUUUUGUAUGGAACUUCUUCCGAUUGGAGAACGAGCACUUGAAUAACUGUGGUAAAUUCCGUGCCGUUCGUGAUAUAUCUAUUGCCCCCAUAGACUCAUCGGAUCAAACGCAAAUUCUUCGAAUGAUGGACGAACCAGAUGGAGUAGUAAAUCGCUAUUCGAAAACUAAUCGACCUAAGCCUAAGAAAUCCAAAGAUCCUGAAAAACGAAGCCUUCUACAGCCGCGUGGAUCUCUGCAAGAGCUCAAUAUCGAUAUUGAUGGAACUAAAAAACUUUGAGCUCUUCAAAUAAUUCACAAAUAAUUUAUAUAAUUUUUAAAAUUUGUUUGUUUUUUUUUUACACUCUAGUUUAGCAUUUUUUUUAGAUUUAAGAAAAAUACGUCACAAGACAAAAAACAAAGAUUAUGAUAAAAAACAACAGAUUGCCUUGUGCAGAAAAAAUAACGCUUAUUUUUAAAGCGGCAGUAUUACUUACUUAAAAAAACAAAAAAAAAGAGAUCCAAACAAAAUAUCUUUUUGAAGGACUGCUUUUAGAAAACAAUAAAAUAUGAAACAAUAAUUAUUAUUAGAAACGGUAUAUCAUCGAAAAACUAAAUGUAAACUGUUAUUAAAUCGUAACCAUUCCUUUGUAUUCCCCUAUUCCUUUUAUUAUGUACAUGUGUCUCUUUAUUUUUUAUUUUGUACAAGUAGUUUAAGUCCAAAUUCGAUAACUGUUGAGUAAAUCUACAUUUAUUUUUUUAAAGAAAAUAUAUGCAUAGUUUAUAUUUUUUAUAGCAAAAA